AAUUGCCACAUGAAGAAAUUUAGUAAUGUAAAGUUGACUUCAAGUUAUCUUCUUUUGCUUUUAAACUGCAAUGCAUGUGAAUAUAUGUGUAAUAUAGCAGAUUGUUAUCUGUCUAGAUAGUUAUCUUCGCGCCCUUUUUCUGUAACAUAUACGUCAACAGCAAGCUGGACGCGAUCGACUAUUCAAGCUAUCGUGUUACGUUCAGAAGCUUAUGCAGGAAUGACCUCACAGGGGCUUUAGUCUCGCCGGGAAGUUAUACACGCGGAAAGAAACUAGUCGAAGGAAAGCAAGCACAUACAACACAUUGGAUCUCUACCUCUACUAAACAAUAUACGAAAUCAAAAUGGGGAAUUCGCCUAAAGACAUGCUCCAAAAAUACAGAAAAUCAUCUUACAGAGAUAUUGCUGUGCACGUUAUCAUUCCGCUUCUUGCUGAAUUUUUUGCGAUGGUUCUCCACACCUUCUGGGGAUCAAUGUAUACGUCAACGACGAAAACCAUAACAGUAGCUUCUUUAAACAGGACAAUUCAUCCCGACGAAUGGAAGGUGGAAUAUCUGACGUCAACUCUUGUCCCCGCUUUUCAAGCAGGCUUUGCAGUGUGGAUGUUUAUAGUGCUAUUUUGGAAAAUCUGCGUCAUCAACUUCAACCCAGCUAUUUCAACAUGUCUCCUUAUAUCCGGGGACUUAAAUCCGUGGCUCUACCUUCCGUACAUUAUCAUGCAAAUAAUCGGAUCAGCUCUUGGGGCAGUAAUCGCUCAGGCGAUAAAGAAUGACGAUCCCGGUCCAUUUUUGAUUUCUGACGAUGCGAAUAUAUCAGCGAUUAUUGCAUAUGAAAUCAUGGCUACCGGUAUUAUGUGCUUUUUCACCAACGUUAUGGUAGGGGACAAAUCAUACGAUCAAGCGACCGGAGCUUUUGCGAUUGGAAUGACUGUUUUUCAAGGCAUAAUAGGAGGGCGAUGGAUUGGCGCUGGUUGUCUCAAUGCAGCGAGAGCAGUCGGACCUGCAAUUGUAAUGGGUGGAUAUGUUUGGAAACAUCAUUGGGUUUGGUGGGUUGGUGAUAUCCUCGGAGGCGUCGUAUUUGCGCUCAUAUACAGGGCUUUCUUUGCACCGCCAGAUAAAGUGUGGAUCGUUCAAAUCGGAAAAUUUUUCUGUAAGUCAAACAAAGCAGGCGGUCAUAGACGGACAAGCAGAGAAGAAGUUACUAUCGGCGAGGAUAAAAUAUGACUCUUUUAACGUAUCCACCGAAGUUGCCGUCCAUUCCAGUCAAUUCUUUAUAAAUAAAUUGCGAAAAUAGGA